AUGUCAUUAAAGGACUUUCAGAUAUUGCAAGAAUUAGGUAUUGUAAAUAUACGAACUAGGUGAGGGAGCCUAUUCUAAAGUAUAUAAAAUAAAAAGAAUUGCAGAUUAAUAAGAGUAUGCUCUUAAAAAAGUUAAUUUGUAAUCUCUUUCUGAUAAAGAGAAAUAAAAUGCACUUAAUGAAGUAAGAAUAUUGGCAAGUGUAAGACAUGCUAAUGUUAUUCAGUAUAAAGAAGCAUUUUUAGAAGAAUAAUCUUAAACAUUAUGGUAACUAUUUAUAUGCAAUUAUUUUAAGUAUCGUAAUGGAGUAUGCAGAUGAUGGAGAUCUAUAUUAAAAAAUAGUAGAAUGUCAAAAGAAGGGAGUUCUUAUGUCUGAAAAAGAUAUUUGGAAUAUAUUCAUAUAAGUAUUUCUUAAUCUAUAUUAAUAUUACAGAUUGUAAAAGGUUUAAAAGCAUUACAUGAUAUGAAAAUAUAUCAUAGAGAUCUUAAAUCUGCAAAUGUCU